AUGUCCUAUCCUCAGGGUUACCUCUACCAGCCCCCGGGCUCUCUGGCUCUCUACUCCUGCCCGGCUUACGGGGCCUCGGCUCUGGCUGCCCCGAGGACUGAAGACCUGGCGAGGUCGUCCUCCGGCUCAGCCUUCAGUCCUUACCCCGGAUCGGCUGCUUUCUCCGGAUCGGCUGGUGCAGGCUUCUCCAGUCCGCUGUCAUACUCCACGGAUCCAACAACGGGAUUCCCAUCCUACAUGAGCUCUCCCUAUGACGUGCACACGUCAGGCAUGGCCGGGGCAUUGAGUUACCACCCCUACGGGAGUCCGGGGUAUCCCUACCAGCUCAACGACCCGGCUUACCGCAAGAACGCCACCAGGGACGCCACGGCCACCCUAAAAGCCUGGCUGCAGGAGCACAGGAAGAACCCGUACCCGACCAAAGGGGAGAAGAUCAUGCUGGCCAUCAUCACCAAGAUGACCCUGACGCAGGUCUCCACAUGGUUCGCCAACGCCAGGAGGAGGCUGAAGAAGGAGAACAAGAUGACCUGGGCUCCCAGGAAUAAGAGCGAAGACGAGGACGAGGAGGACGGGGACGGAGAGAGGAAAGAAGGGGAUCGAUCUGAAAAGAACCUGGAGAACAGCGAGGCUUCAGCGGAGGAUGAAGGUAUCAGCUUGCACGUCGACACCCUGACGGAUCACUCCUGCUCGGCUGAGUCCGACGGGGAGAAGACCAGCUGUCGUGUGGGAGAGCUGGGCUCCGACCAGGCCGGCGACGAGGACGGUGAGGACCAGAACCACGAACCCUUAUCCGUCACAUCAUCACCUCUAACGGGAGUAGAAGCUCCUCUUCUCGGUCACCACCACCACCAGCACCACCAGCACCACCACCAGCACCUCCAGCAUCUCCAUCAUCUCCACAGCCAGCGUGAGGAUCUGGCCCGGAGCCUCAUCACUAACAACAUUAAUACCAAUAAAUCUUCCUGCCUCGAUAGCAGACCUUCACCUCAGAACCCCACGGUCAAGCCCAAAUUGUGGUCGCUGGCUGAAAUUGCUACCUCGGACCAAAAGCAGCAUCAUCAGCAACCGAAUUGCUCCUCCUCCUCCUCCAGUGGCCUCCUCACCCCCCCGUCUUCCACCACCUCCCCUGCAGCCAGCUCCCCCUCCCUCUACCCGGCCCCCUCCAUCCUUGGAAGACCUAUUUAUUACACUUCUCCCUUUUAUAGCAAUUACACAAACUAUGGCAACUUCAGCCCCCUGCAGGGCCAAGGGAUCCUGCGGUAUACUAACUCAUCUGGAGUGAGUCUGGCUGCUGCUGCUGUGGAGGGUCUGAGCUCCUCUCACCAGGCUGUGGAGGGUCUGAGCUCCUCUCACCAGGCUGUGGAGGGGAGCUCAAACCCCAAACACAGGCCAGACUCUCCUCUCGUUAAAAUGAACCCAAACCAGAUUGUUGUUGUCGAGCAGCAGCAGCAGCAGCAUUUCAGAUCUGCACAUUUAGAAGCAAAGAAAGGUACGUAA